AUGUCCUCGGGCCAGUCCUCGGAGCCGCAGGAUCAUGCAGUUCAGAUUCCAUCUACCCUGGCAAAGCCAACAUGGCAGCCAGAUGUGGACACAAUCGCCAUAUACCAAGGAACCGAAUUGAAAGAUGUCCAACUGCUUGUUGAUUCGCUUCGGCUUCGUGAUGACGGCAAGUGCCUUUUGCCUCUCGAUCUUCUGUCUCGGGUGCAUGGCUUGAGCGAAGCUUUGAGAGCAGGAGGACAUGAUGCAGCUGAGAUUGCCUUUCAUGCAGGUGGAGUUGAGGUUUCGAUCAACUUGCUGAAAUCAGACAGCGAUGAACUGAUUGCGGGUGCACUUGAGGCAUUGUGGCUGAUGGUGGAUGAUAGCGACAGCUGCCAACAGUUGAUGCAGUUGAAUGGGCACCAUCUCUUGUCGGAGAUCGUUCAGCGCCACGCGCCAAAGAAUGCGAAUGUGGCCAGGGCAGUCUUCAGGCUCAUGUCAGAGACGCUAUAUGGCGAGUCCAGGUCUUCCAGUUACUGGAAAGAUGGCCUGGAUGGGAGGCUCUUAGCAGAUGCUCUAGAGUGGUCCAUUCGAGAGACCAUGACGGGUGAGCCCGGUGGAAGAGUUUCCACUCUCGGCUUUGUUUGUGACGUGGCCGCUCUAUGGCUUCAGCGGACGCGAGCGUCUGAGGCAGUGAAAGCCUUGAUUGAGACGGUGCCUUUGCUGGUGAAAGCGAUGGCCAGUUGUCCACAUGACGCUCUGCUGCUUCAGCACGGAUGUCGCUUGUUGUGGGCGUUUGCACGACAAUGUGAAGCCUGGCCGCAGGCCUUCCAAGAGCCAGCGCUCCUUGCUCUUCAGCAGCUGAGCCGGGAUUUGCAGUCGGUGACUUUAUGCGUUUCUGCAUUGGUAGAAGCUUGCAUCAAAUGGAAGACCAAGGCAGCUGCAAGUGCAGCAGCUAGUGCCGCCUCUGGUGCUGCCUCGGCAGUUUCUUCUGCGGCCACUGUCGCCGCGAAUGCUGCCCUUGCUGCCAAGGAGCGGGCUGCCCAGGUAGCACCAGGAGAUGCUGCGAGCAUUGCGGGUGAGGUGGGAGUUGCCGCAGGAGAGAAACUGAUUGCGGCGGGGCAGUUGGCCAAAGGUGCGGCCAGCGAGGUGGCGGGCCUGACCAGUGGCAUGGCCGGGAAGGUGGCCUCACAUGCAGCAGAUGCUGUGGAAGGCGUAGCUGACCAAGCUGCGAAGCAGAAGCAAAGAAUGGAAAAGGUGGCCGAAAGCUUUAAGGAGUUGAUGGAGGGCUUCCUGAAACGAAAGCUGCACAAUUUGUUGAAGACUUUUGUGCAGCGGAUCCCUGGCCUGCUGAAGCAUGCUACUGACGACGAUGAGAUGCCAAGCCGCGUGAAGCAAGCGAAGGACGCGGCGAUUGAUGGCGUGUGGCCAGACAUCGAGCAGGAAAUUAUGUGGGAUCUUGCGCUGAGGAUUGAUGGUGCCCACAAAGAAGAGUAUCCUGAGGACUACAAGGGCUGUGUCUGCCUCCGAGCAUUCUUUCGAUACCACCUCUAUCCGUACAACCGAGGCUUUUGGGGAAGUCUACGCGAUCCUAUUUGGAUCCUUUUCACGCUCAUCAGCUUGGUCCCUGCGUAUGGUGUGAGUCCAUGCGUGUUCUUGGUGAUUUUUCUCCUCAUCGACAAAACAGAUGAAUUUCAGCUUGUGUCUUUCAUCCUGCAGUUCAAGGGCUUCCAGUUCUUGACACAAGGUUUUCUGCGAAGCUUGGUGGGCUUCUUCUUGUACCUGCACUGUGUGACAGCUGUUGCUGAAGUUGAACAUGAUUGCGCCCAGAUGGGCCCGGGAAGCAUGGCGCCGGCAGCAGUGGCAUUAGCAGGAUACGUGGUACAAAUCACCUUGGUUUGGAUUGCCUUCCUGCUUUUGCCAUGCUCGAGGAGAAGGCGCAGCAGCUUGCAAGGGCACCUUGAUCAUACCGACAGAGGGUCAUCCAGAUGGCGGGGAGGAUACAUCCUCUACUUGCUGUGGUACGACCUCUUCACCUUCGCCAUUUGUGCCGGAACUUUCUUGUAUGUAUUGCACCUCCGUCAUUGGAAUCUUGAUGAUUGGCCCAUCAAGCACGCAUUCUUUGCCGUCCAGAUGGUGCAUGGAUACUUAUCGUUGCCAUUCUUUUUCUUCAUGGUCCCGCUGCUCAGGAAUGUGCUACUGCACUCAGUGCCCACGGCCUAUGACCAGUUUGGACGAUGUAGGCAGUACCAAGGACCUCCACGACCUUCAAGGCCUGCCAGGGAAAGUGGGAAGUCAAUGCCAGCACAGCUGCUUGAGAAGGCUGAGGCCCUCCGAAUCCUGGAGAGCUUCAAGAUGCUCCUGGCUGGGGGGAAGGUUGAAUCCUUCGAGGAUCCAGCUCCAGCCCCAGUGACCCUAAUAGGGAAGGAGCUUGGAUAG